AUGCUUUUUGUUAUUUUCAUUAGGUGGCAGGGACUCAGCUCUGAAAGCUGUCUAGAAAAAGUACCCGGAUCCAGUCUUUCAAUGGCUUCGAGAGCAUCAGAAGUGCCUGCUCUUGAGCCUAAUGGGCCUCUAGGCAAGAUGUCCCUGCCCAUCGGGAUGAGCCGCCGGGCAUUCAGCUAUGAUGAUGCCCUGGAGGACCCUACGCCCAUGACUCCUCCUCCGUCGGACAUGGGCAGCAUCCCCUGGAAGCCAGUGAUUCCAGAGCGCAAGUACCAGCACCUCGCCAAGGUGGAGGAAGGAGAGGCCAGUGUCUCCUCCCCUGCCAUGGCCCUGCCCUCGGCCACUGACAGUGUGGACAAGGUCCCUGUGGUGAAGGCUAAAGCCACCCGCGUCAUCAUGAACUCUCUGAUCACAAAACAGACCCAGGAGAGCAUUCAGCGCUUUGAGCAGCAGGCAGGGCUGAGAGAUGCUGGCUACACACCCCACAAGGGCCUGACCACCGAGGAGACCAAGUACCUCCGAGUGGCAGAAGCACUCCACAAACUAAAGCUGCAGAGCGGAGACGUAACGAGGGACGAGAAGCAGCCGGCCUCGGCCCAGUCCACGCCCAGCAGCACCCCGCACUCCUCCCCUAAGCAGAAGCCCAGAGGCUGGUUCUCUUCGGGCUCGUCCACAGCCUUACCCGGCCCACACUUCAGCUCCAUGGAUUCCGGCAGCGGCGAUAAAGACAGGAGCUCGGCCGAUAAAUGGAGCUUCUUUGGCCCAAGAUCCGUCCAGAAGUCCGAUCCCGGCGGCUUUGCCACCCAGCCCUACCGAGGGGCCCCGAGGCCUUCGCCCAUGGAAGUGAUGCGCAUGCAGGCCACCCGGAUGGCCGAGGAUCCCGCCGCCUUCAAGCCGCCCAACAUGGACCUCCCGGUGACGGAAGGGAAGAAACCACCGCCUCGGACCCAUAACCUCAAACCCCGGGACUUGAAUGUGCUCACUCCCACCGGCUUCUAG